AUGGUUCUCCGACCCGGAACCUUUACCUUUGCCUUGUUCCUCUGCGGAGUGUUUUUGGCCAGCUGUUGGGCAAAACCCAGGCUGCACUUUGGUAUCUGCCAUGGACCCGAAAGGGGCAAGUGCCUGCCCAUCGAGGAGUGCCGCGAGGAGGAGGGUUUUCACCAGGCCAAGGACUCGGCCGAGUGCUUCAGUACGAUUUGUUGCCUCUCGAAGCGACCGGAGUACCCGCAAUCCAUAAAGAACUACUGCCACCACGAUCUGCGGCCCCACAUCUCCAAUGGCCAGGUGUCCGAGAUGCGGGAAUUCCCCUGGAUGGCCAUGUUGCUGUACGGCAAUCGGGUGCUGCCCAAGUGCGGUGGCUCCCUGGUGGCCGCCAAGUGGGUCCUGACCGCCGCCCAUUGUGUGCCGAGCGAGAAUGACCAGGAGAAGCUGCAUCUCGUUCGGCUGGGCGUGUGGGAUGUUCGCCUGGAGAAUUGCCAGGGCUUGAACUGCACACCGCCGCCCGAGGAUUACCCCAUCGAGCGGGCCAUCGUUCACGAGAUGUAUCGCCCUUUGGACAAGACAGGAUCCAAUCUAGAGAAGUACUCCAACGACAUUGCCCUGCUGCUUCUUUCCCGCACUGUCAUCUACACGCAGUUCAUCCAGCCCAUCUGCCUGCCGCCGGCGUUCACUGCCUCCCGCCGCGAUGUCUAUGUAGACUAUAAACUGACCAUUGCGGGAUGGGGUCGCACCAGUGGCUCCUCGGAGGCCACCAGCCAGGUGAAGAUCAAGGCGACGGUUAAUGGCUGGUCCAUGGAGAGCUGCAAAAGGCUGUACGCCGGCGUGAGUGGUGGGCAGAUGUGCACCGGAGGAGGGGCCGCCAGGAGGGGCAGCUGCUUCGGCGACUCCGGCGGCCCGGUGAUGGACGGCAACCAACUGGUGGGCAUCAUCUCGCUGGGCGGCUCUGAGUGCGGUUCCGACAGCACACCCAUGGUGGUCACGCGGGUGGAUACCUAUUUAAACUGGCUGAAGCGGCACAUCCCUCAAUAAUACGAGCUAUGUUAUGUCAAGAUCCUGUGAUUAUUAUUGAAAUUCUCGCCAA